AUGGGACUCAUACCUUUGAAAUUGGUUGCGGCCCUCAAGCCAGCUGACCUACAUCAAUCGAUGCCCAAAACAACGCCCGUACCGUUAAGAGCUCCAGCCAAACCCGUCCUGCAAGGUCACAGUUCAACGCCGGCCACGUAUUUUAGGUCACCAAGAAAGAUAUUACAAGUCAAGGCAACUAAGUCAAGUUUCCUCCCAUAUGGGAAUGACGAAUGGCGAAGCCUUCUAGACGAUGUAAAAGAACUUUUCCGGAACGGCCGAUAUAAAGAGUGUUCAGACCGCUGUGCUGCAUCUCUCGAGCAAGUGAGAGGACCUGUACACCCAGCACAUCUCACAUACAUCUCAUUUUACGCCGCGCUAUGUAUCGCCAUCCAAGCACAGUACCUAGAAUUACGAAAUCCUCGGAAGCUAGUACUGUUGAAGAUUUCGCUGUCAUUCUAUGAAAGAUCUGAAGGAUUCUUGAUGCAGGCGAAUACAGAGCAGAACAUGUCCCACGAUGGCCCUCCGAAACGUGAAUAUAAGCGCUGGGAUUCCGAUUCGUCGACUCGGAGCCGGAACCUUUCAGUUGGCUUACCAACAUCAACAACGCAUACCACAAUCUCAGGCUUUCCUCUACCAGACAAUGGCUCAGAUGAUGGAUUUAAAUCCCCAUCUAUAACUGGUCGUGCCAGAACCUUGUCAAUGGACUCGACAACAUCCGACUGUCCUGCCAAAAAGGACUACAAGAAUCUGUUCAACAAUACCAUAAAGCACUACGCGGCAACGCCACCUACGCCGCCUCUCUCACCACUAGAGGAUUCACUUCCUGCUAAACGGGAAUUGAAACGAUCUGGGUCGUCAUCAUCAGCGCAUAGCAAAACCUCCUCAAUCGAUUCUAUACUCGACGAAUUUGAUUUCUCACUUUCGUGGGAUGCAAACUCGCGUCGCUCAUCUGCAUCAUCAUAUACGAGUAUAGCCAGCAAGACGACCACGGAAUAUAUAUCCCAGAAGCAAGCCCCCCAGGAUACUGCACCUGAACUAUAUCUAAAACCCCCGCCUCCGCAGUUUCUAAAACCUUCAGCACCGCCACGGCCACGGAAGAGGUCUGGGUUUGCGCCAUCGCUUCCCACCAUAAUAUCCGAUAGCUGCAUCGCUGAGGUAGCUAUGGACAGUUCUAGCAUUUCCAGCACUGCUUCUCCUGAACGCUAUUCUGCUCGGACUCACCCGUUACCUCCAUUACCACUCAUUACUGAGGACAUACCAACCUGUUCCGAGAUCCAGAUACUUAGCGAUAGGAAACCAAGAAGCACCUGGGGAAGCGAUACUCAAACACUGAGCAGUCCCAUCAUUCCACCUCCCAGCAAGGCCCGUAGCCCGGCGCCCACAGCCGUCCCAUUUCGCCGGCCUCUACCACCACUUUCACUAGCUGUUCAUCAGCCAGUUUCAGGCUGCAGGCUCAAUUUCUCCAAGCCUCGUCCAGUGGCUCCGCCUCAGCCUAGUCCAAGGACUUCACCAGAGACAGCUGUAGAAGCCAUCUCUCUAUUCCUUCUCUCCCAAUCCCGUGCUCGCUACAACGCGCACAUUCCAGAAUUCUAUUCGCGGAUAAAGUACCACAUGAUGGAAGUGCGGAAGAUGAUCGCGGAUGUGCAGUUUAAAAAGGCGGCGCUUGAGGCCGAGGGGCGUCCGGUAAAGACGCUUAGUAUCAAGGAGCUGAAAGAGGGAACGGGGUGUGCGAAAGGGGUGCAGUGGAAAGUUGAUAAAGAGGAAGUUGUGAAGAGAGUUAGGCGGGCGAGAGUCGAGGCUUUGAAGAGGAGGGGAGAGGAGCGGAAGCCUUGGGAUGGAGGUAGGUAUCAGGAGUUGUGUAAGCUGGCGUUGGAAGAGUUAAAAGAGAGAUGA